GUUGCAGUAAGAGAGAUGGCUGAUGACUGGGGAGAACUCAUUACUCAACAGGAAAAGGGUCUUACAACAAAGGUAGAGUUAAUUAUUUAGUCAAAAACAUUUACAUAUAUAUAAAAAUUUGUACAUACAGUAAGUUGGUCAUAAAAGGGAGAUACUGAAAUAAGCUAAUGGUUAUUGUUGAGAAUGAGUGACAAUUUAUUUUUCCCAAGAAAUCAGAUAGUGUAGAAUUGUAGUAACAGGCCUAACAAAAUUGUUAGGACAUUUUUAAUAGUUUUAGUACUUUUUAGACAAUGUAUUAAGUGCAUUUAUUUGUUAAUGUACCUUUUUUUCUGUCAUUUUUGUAUGGGCAAAAUUGAGUAAUAUGGAUAAUAUUUUUAACUAAUUGGUUAUGCAGGCAAUAAUUAUUUAUGUAAAAUUUAUUGCAUGUUAAAUAUUUAGAUUGAUGCUCUCAGCAUAAAGAAAGAUGACACAUCUGCAAGUGAGGAUAACUCUGGAGCUAGAGCUAUAACUAGCCAAAAGCAAUGUGAUGAAAAUAGCAAAGAAGCUGAUGAAAAAGGUAAUUUAGAUAUAGAUGGAAAAACAAGUUGUUUUUAGCUUUAAUCGGGUAAUGGAGUGGAAAAUUCAUCAUCGUCAGUGGUGCUCCACCCCAUCCUUCCUUCAGACAGAUCCAUGGCUUUUUUCUUUAUGCACGGACCCAAGAGGUCUGUAAACCACUUUUGGAAAAUACAAUCUGCAAACCCAGUUUGGCCUGUGACUUCUAUAAAAAAACAACCAAGCUAAGAAUAUAUUUUACAUUGUUCAAAAUUCAUAAAAUUUUCAAAUGACCAUAUGUCGUGUGUGAAAUAAUAAAAUGAAAAUUUUAAUUUCAAUACAGAUGUUUCAAAAAGUGACCUUUCCCUGCUCCAAAAGCUUCUUCAUUCUCGUCUUGUCCAGUCCAAGUCAGAUAUAGAAGUACAAAGAAAAGACCCGACAUCACCAUUAUAUUCAGUCAAAUCAUUUGAGGCACUUCAUCUGUAGGUUUCUGGUUUUUAAUUCUAUUUCUCUUCUUCAGAAAAGAAAUUGUACAUUGAAUAAAGUGAACCAUAAAAUGUAGAAUUUAAUUUGAUUCAAUGAAUUGAAAUCAUUAAAUCUGAAACUUAUUAUGAUUUCUGCUAGUUUUGAUAAAACCGCAAUAUGAAACCUGAACAUUUUUUUUUUAUCUUUAACAUUUUUAAUGUAAAUAACACAUCUGUUAAAUAAUCACAUCAUAUUCGCUUGCCAAUUUUGCACAGCACAGAGUGAAAUAGGUUAUUCCACAAAAUAUUGAAAGACUUGGUUUUAGUUUUUAACCUCAUAUUUUCAAGAGACACACAGAAUGGAAUUAUACUAAUCUUUUAUGAAAACAUGUACAUUUAAUUAAAAAUCUUUUAUUAUUAUUUUUAUUGUAAACAUGUUAUCUGCAAGAGUUAAAAUUCACAUUCAGAGAAAUAAUUAACUGUAUCACCAGAGAAAUUUCAGUUAAUUUUUUACUGACAAAAUAAUAUCCUGAAAUCUAAUUGCCCUCAGAAAGGAAGUAUAUUCAUAAGAUUGUGCACAUUGAAGAAAAUUUUUUAUCUGAAAAACUGCAGAACCUCAUCAGCUGUGUUAACCACUAAAAGUUGUAAUAACAAGAAGUUAAAUAUAUCUUUCAAAUUUUUAACAAAAAAGUUAAGUCACUCGGAUUUGAAUCAGUCGUUGCACCCCAACCCUCUUAUUUUUUUUACCCUUCGCGUUUAUGUAUCAUGUCUUGUUUUCUUUUUUGUUCAAUUUUUUUAGUUUCUAUAAUAUGUUCAUUCCAGAAAACCAGAGUUACUCAAGGGAGUUUAUGACAUGGGAUUCAAUGCUCCUUCAAAGAUCCAAGAGACAGCACUACCCACACUCCUUGCAGACCCGUACGCAAGCAUUUUAUAUAUUAUAAUAUAAAAAUUACUUAAAAAUACAUAACUUUUGUGAAUAUAAUACAAAUCUUCAGAAUUGAUCUCAAUGAAAUAUAUGUUUUUAAUAAAAAAUAUAUUAAAUCCACACAAUUUCUGUUAGUUAAAUCCUGCCUAAAUUUAGAUUAUAGCCAACAACAAUUAAUUCCUCACUAAACUAUACCAUGUUUCUGUCUUUUGGUACAUUGUAGGCCUACCAACAUGAUUGCACAAAGUCAGAGUGGUACAGGAAAAACAGCUGCCUUUGUUCUUACAAUGCUGAGUCGUGUGAAUAUUUCAUUAAACUACCCACAGGUCAGAGAUUCUACUACUUAUGCAUAGUUUUUUUUGGAGGUCUUUUGUUGUAACAACCAGUGCUUAUCUCAAUCUUUGCAUUCAGCUCAUUAAAUUCUUUUAACAGACAUUAUAGUUUACAUUGGCUGUCUUUAUAUAACAUGAAAUAAAUGAGUGUUGAUUUGAAUCUGUUUUCAGUGUUUAUGUCUGGCCCCUACCUAUGAGUUGGCUCUACAGAUUGGAGAGGUGACAAAACAGAUGAGUAAACACAUGACAGGGCUUCAGAUCAUGUAUGCUGUCAGGGGAGAGAGAAGUAAGUGAAAGAAACUAUGUGCCGUCAGGGGAGAGAUGGGUGGUAUAUGUAUGUAUUGAUAGGUGAAAUGUGGGUCACAGGUCAUGUUUGUAUUGGAAUGUGAGAUACGGUUGACAUAUUAUGUAUGUAUUGGUAGCUGAGAGAUGGGAAAGGCUAGAGUAGAAUAGGGGAGAUGGACUUAAAAAAUAUUGCUCUUUGUUGCGGAAUGGGCAUAAAAAUAUUACUUUUUAAUUAUAGACUUAACUUUGAUAUAUAGAUAUAUAUAUAUAUAGAUAUAUAUAGAUAUGAGACAAUGUGUUCAUUUGUGUUGUAGAACCUAUAACAUGGUUUUCCAACUUUCUAUAUUCUACACCUUCCAUGAGUUGUUUGACUUAGUUUUGCACCCCAUCAUCAUCAUCAUCAUCGCCUGUCGUCCCGUCUGGGGCAUAGGCCACAAACAAAGGCUCUCCAGGCAUCCCGGUCUUGGGCAAGUCUCUCCAACUGUCCCCAGUUGUGCCCACUCUUUUUGAUGUCUGCCUCCAGUUCCCUUCUCCAAGUUGUUUUGGGUCGACCUCUUUUUCUCUUACCCUGGGGGUUCCAAGUCAGGGCUUGUCUCGUGAUACUUGAUGCGGGCUUUCUGAGGGUGUGGCCAAUCCAUCUCCAUCUGCGCUGGCAGAUUAACUCUUCCACUGGUUCUUGUUGUGUGCGCCGCCAGAGAUCCUCGUUGGUGAUGACGGUGGGCCAGCGGAUUCGUAAAAUCUUUGCACCCCAUACAAAUUGAUUAAGCCUUCCUCUCCAACAAAAGUAACCAAACAUCCGUACAUUUUUAAAAUUGAAAAAUAAAUUACUUCUAAUUUUUUUAUUGAGCUAUAAAAAAAAGAACUGUAGAAUUUUGAAUAUAAACUUUUUUGAUGUAUUACAUAAAGUAAAAUUUAAAUGGGGAAAUUAAAAAAUAAAUAACUUAACUUCAUGGCUCCUCUCAUCACUUUACCUAACACCCCUUAAAAAUGCGAGCACCCCAGUUUGAGAAAACCCUUCUCUAAAACUAAUAUUAAAACAUAAUUAACAAGAUUGAAACGUAAUUUUAGAAUAGUAGCAUUUAAAACCAAAGAAUUAUUACACACUUUUUUCAGUCGCCAGGGGACAGCACCUUUCUUGUCACAUUAUAAUUGGCACACCAGGCACCACAAUGGACUGGGCCUUCAAAUUGAAAGCCUUUGAUAUGUCCAAGAUCAAAGUCUUUGUUCUUGAUGAAGCUGAUGUCAUGAUAAGUUUACAAGGCCAUCAAGAUCAAUCCUACAGGUUACAAAGGUUGGUGCUUCUAAUUCAGCUUUUCAGUUAGGUUUUUUUCAUUAUUUUUUUGAGCAAUGCGUUAUCUAGUGAAAUCCAUCUUCAAAUUUACUUCUAAUGAUUUAACUUUUUGACCUUCAUUAGCAGUUUGUGAAAAAUCAAUCAAUUUUCUAACAGACACAAGACCUUAAUAGUCCAGUAAUGCUUGUAACUUAUGCACAUCUAGUUUUCAAGAAGUUGGACUGCUAAUACUAUUAUAAAGCUAAAGUUGAUUAAAAUAAAUUUAAAAAUUUUACGAUGUAAGAGAAGGAAAAGAUAAUUUUUUCAAAAUUACAUCUCAUAAAUUACUGUUAAAUUGAUAAAUGACUCAAUUAGGUUCAAACGUCUUGUCAUCUAAUUGUUAAUGUUUCUGCAGAGGAUUGUCAGGUAGCUGCCAGAUGUUGCUCUUUUCUGCUACAUAUGAUACUAGUGUAAUGGAGUUUGCUGAGAAAAUUAUACCCAAUGACCCUAUUGUUAUCAAAUUAAGACGUGAAGAGGAAAGCUUAGAUAACAUUAAACAGUACUACAUCGAGUGCACAAGCCAGGAGGAGAAAUUUGAAGCUCUGUCCAAUAUAUAUGGGGCAAUAUCUAUAGGCCAGUCCAUGAUAUUUUGUGCGGUAAGUUGAAAGCAGGUCUAGAUUAGGUGUGUGUUUUGGUCACUUGCCACAAUCUCUAAACAAAACCAAAAAAAUUGCAUAUGGAACGGUUUCAUUGCUGAUUAUAUAAAGCUUCUGCCUUUCCUGAUUGGAGCUAACAAAAUUGUUGAUUAGCUUCCAUACUGUUUUGGCUAGUGUUACCCAAGUACUGGUAUAACCUAUACUAUAAGAAAACAUUAAAUUCAUAUUAUACCUGGUUAAAUUCAUAUACAUAUAGUUUAUUAUAGUUAACGGAGUUCAUUCUUAAAAUUCAAAUGUUAUUAAUGUUUAAAAUUAUAAUUUUUAUUCAGAAAAUAUAAUUUAUAAUGUAAUUAUCUAAGGCUGGUGAAUUUUUAAAAAUUAUUUUGGAGGAUAUUUUAUCAUGCAUACUAGAAAUAACCAGCCAAGCAAUGUUGACAGAAAUGCAUGAACUUCCCAUCUAUUAAAGUUACUUGACAAAACAUGCCUUUAAGUAAACCACUUUAUAGAAAUCCCAAUUGGUACUUAUGGGAAUUUUAUUACAUUAAAAUUAUUACUAAUUUGUAAAAAUUAAUAACUACAUAUUAAAUAUUUGCACAUAGGAAUAAGCAUAUUUAUUUUGACAGCUUUAAAUUAAUUGAUUAGAUUUCCGUAAAAAAAAAAUUAUAUUGCGUAAAACUCACUAUCAAAUUUACAUGCUUUCAGUGCACUUUUGGGAAAUUGUAUUUUUAGCACCAUUGAACAGAGCUUUACAGCAUACAUUAUAUACCAAGAGAAUUAUUUGUGACACCUUUGACAUUGGCAACAUCAUAUCUAAUUCAUCUUAAAAUGUUAGACAUGAACACAUGGCAAAUGAUGUUUACUCACACUUUAAUUGGAAUAGUUUAUUUCAAACACUGUUUUUUAAUCAGUGGUUAUGGUAAUCAAAGUAAAUACGGUAGCAAAAUUGUUGGAAAAAUAAUAGACUAUUGCAAAGUGUAACUUUUUAAUGUUUAGAUUAACUCAUUGUUUUGAUAUCGUGAAAAAUUUCAGACGAGAAAGACUGCUGCAACUUUGGCCGAGAGAAUGACCAGGGAUGGACAUGCGGUGGGAUUACUCCACGGAGAACUGGAAAUAGAAAUGAGGGCUGAUAUUAUCAAGAGGUUUAGGGAUGGCAAGGAGAAAGUUUUGAUAACUACAAAUCUUUCAGCUCGAGGUUAGUUUAUUUAUCUGGGUGAAAUUAUAGUAUUGGCUUGCUUGGAUUGUCAAAACUAGUGUACUUGAAAUUCCUGCUCAGCUUCUGGAGUGUUUAAGCACAUACUUUUAUGGGUGAAAUAGGCAUGUGUUCAAAAUAUUUGAACAUGGCUAAGAUAUUAAACAUCUUGUGUAAAAAUAUUUAUUACACAAUUUUUGUUAAAUGAAUUUUUGUAAUUGAUUUUAAGGGAUGUAUAUAUGAUUGAUUUUUUAAAAUAGCAAAUCUCAACAUGAUCAGAUUUGUAAAUAAUUCUCAGCAUGACUAGAUUUCUGUUGAUGCUUAAUUAUUACAAAAAAUGUUAACAAAAAAAUGUUAUCCGCAUUAUUUUUUUUAAUAAAGAAAAAAAAUGGUUUAUCGGGGCAUUAAAGUUGUCUAUAUCUUUACUUAUAAUUGGUGACGAAUAACACCACCGGCAUCACCACUAAAAUUAAGGUCGGAUAGGAAAGAUUGGAGGCAGUAUGCAGCUUCAAAUACCAAGGAGAAAUAGUCUCAGAAGAAGGCUCCAAGCUCGAAUUGAAGUCCAGGAUUGCCCAGACCAAAACAGCACUAAAGAAGCUUAAGAAAAUAUGGAAUGACAAAAAUAUAGCCUCCAGCACCAAAAUCAGGAUCUCAUUAGUCCUCUCCAUUUUCUUGUAUGCCUGUGAGUCCAGGACAUUAAUAGCAGAACUUGAAAGAAAAAAUAAAGGCAAUGGAGAUGAGAUUCUUUAGAAGCAUUCUUGGAAUCUGCUAUGGAGGCCAUAUAUCUAACGAGCAAGUCGAGGAAAAAAUUCGUCAAGCAAUUGGGCAGUAUGAUGACCUCCUGGGAACUGUAAAAAAGUGCAAACUGGAAUGGUAUGGCCAUGUGACAAGAAAACAAGGGCUCGCCAAAGAAAUCAUGCAGGGCACAACGAGAGGAGGGAGAAGAAGAGGAAGACAGAGAAAAAGAUGGGACGAUAAUGUCAAAGAGUGGAUGGGACUAAAGCUAGGCGAUGCUGUGCGAAGUGCAGAAAACAGGUGCGAAGUGCAGAAAACAGAGAGGAAUGGAGGAGGAUAGUUUUCAUGUCAUCUGUGGCGCCCCAUCGGUCCAAGGGACAUGAUGAUAUCUUGACUUAGGGUAACUACAAGUUAAUGUUGAUGUAAUAUUAUUACAUCAUUUUUUUAUUUUUUGGUAGGUACCCUAAUCUGAUUUGCAUCUUUAUUUAUGAAUAUUGUCAUCACCUGCAGGUAUUGAUGUUGAGCAAGUCACAGUUGUAGUGAACUUUGACCUGCCCUUAACGCCUGACCAAAAGCCGGAUUGUGAGACUUACCUACACAGAAUUGGCAGGACUGGAAGAUUCGGCAAGAGUGGUAUUGCUAUCAAUUUUGUCGAUGGUCGUCGUAGCAUGGACACAAUGAAAUAUAUUGAAAAACAUUUUGGUAAGUUGUGAGUUACCACAUUGGUUUGAACAUGACAUUACUCCUUAUGAGUGUCUACGACUGAUGCCAAAAUGACUUGGCAUUUAGAAACAUGAGUCAUUUGUCAGAACUGGGAAUCCAUGGUCUAUCCUAAUUUCUUAGAAUCCCCUCUCUCUAGCAUAAUUUCGAUCCUGUGGGUAUCCUGGUAGAAAAAAAGCACAGGCUUUGGGUCCUAAGCUGCAGAUGAUGCAGAAGUUCAUCACUUUAAAGUUUAUCUCCUUGAUAUCUGUAGGGAUAUGCUCCCUUUAGCUUGCAGUUAUUUUAAAGUCUGCCUCCAGGCAAUGAGGUUCUUUAUUACACUGGUGAUAAUUGAACUCUGGUUGUAUCAUGGGCCUUGUGUCUAAACCAUACUACAACUGAAAUGUUCCCUGUGUAAUUGGCUUUUUGAGGAUAUAAAAUACUGGAAGAGAUGUAUAAUCUAUAAUUAUAAAAAUUCUAGAUGAUGCUCCAUAUAUUACAGAGGGGUGCAUUUGGUUCUGAGGGGGGGGGGGGAGCAGGGAAUGAGAGUGCAUCGCUGCUCACAAUGUUCACUCAGGAAAUUAGAUGAUGGUGUGUAUAUAUACAUAUACUGAAUAUAAAUAUAUUAAUAAAAAUUUUAGAUGAUGCUCCAUAUAUUACAGAGGGGUGCAUUUGGUUCUGAGGGGGGGGGGAGCAGGGAAUGAGAGUGCAUCGCUGCUCACAAUGUUCACUCAGGAAAUUAUAUGAUGGUGUGUAUAUAUACAUAUACUGAAUAUAAAUAUAUUAUCUGUUAUGAUUGCGUAAUUGUUUAAAAUACAUGAAGUUGGAUUAUUUCCUCUGAUUGCGUUAAUACAUAACUGUAUCGAAUCCCUUAGGUCGGGCCAUAGCAAAGUUGGAUGCAAGUGACCUGGAUGCCAUUGAGAAGAUUAGUACCUAAACUUUUCAUGUCAUGCUGCUGGUAGUGUUGAAUCAACCUUUGACUGGCCACAAGCAAGCAAUAUUCAUAGAUAUUGCUAAAUUCAGUUGUACUUUUGUAGAGGAUGCAGGGAGAUGAUUGAAAUUAACAUAUUAUGUACCGGUAUGCAGAAGUGUAGUGUCAAAACUAUUAUUCAGGCAAAGAUAAAUUUACAAGUAAAUUACCCAAUUCAAAUAUUUAUUCCUAUUUUUUUUAAAAGUGUUUAAUGACUUCCUUCCAGUGUUGGUAAAUUUUAUGUCAUAACAACCAUGAUUGUAUUUUAAUUAAUUUUGUUAGUUUUUAAAAGAAGAAAGCUAAAUUUAUAAACAUUAGAAAUGCCAUGUCUAGAAAUGAGUAACUACACUAUUUUACUUUCAUGCUUUGGAUAGUGUUUGAUUUUAUGCUACUAAUGCUAAAAGAUUUUGGCAGACUUUGCUCCUUGAAUGUAAAAUUGAGUGGAAAAGAUUAGCUUAUUUCAAUUCUAUGAAUUAUAACUUUUAACAUGCAUAUAGAAACACAAAGACUAUUUAGCAAGCUACUGAACCGAUUGCUAAUGGACAUCACCUGUAAUUAGAUUCAUAAGACUAUCUCAUCCCAUAUGUUUCACUUUAACUAAGAUAAUAUCUUGUUUUCACACUAAACAUGCAAGACAAACGUCAUUUGAUUUGUUUAGUUGUAAAAAGUUUUAUCGCAUUUAUUAUAGAAAUGAAAUAUUAGUAAUAAGGAAACUACUGGAAGGACAAUGAUUUUGGAUAUCCAUGUACCGGGUAUUAUUGUCUAAUCAAUUUUUUAAGGAUAUCAAGCCAAUUAAAACUGAUUCAAAUUAUUUUUUUCUAUGCAAGAACUCUUACAGUUAGUGUUUAGGUAUAUUCCACCUUUUCCUUUUGAUUACAACUUAUUUGAAACUAGUUAGCUGAAACAAACUUGUUACCAUAACCAAUAUAAGCAAUUUCACAGCACCAGUAUCUGAAUUCAUUCUCAAGUUACAUGUUUAAAAAAUGGUACACAUUGUUUUUAUUGGGAUGGCAACACUUGUUACUGUCUUUUUUGAUAUUAUGUUACUGUUCAUUGAUUCUUAACCUGCUCUGUCAAACUAUUUUUGUACCAUUGAACUAAUUUGAGCAUUGAAGUGGAUUACACAAAUUCUAUUGUUUGUUAUUAUUUGCACUUUACUUAAUUUAUUCUGGAC